AUGUCUUCGGCGUUAUCUGCAAAUCACACAACACGUACGACUACAACAAGUCAGUUAAUACUGUCAGCAGCAUGCUUAGCAGCAGCUGUAGCCCAAGUAGCUCCUGGACAAAACGCUUAUUUACCACCAAUUAGUGGAUACCCAUCUGGACCAAGACCAAAUCAGCAACCCUUCCCUACACGACCACCCUACCAGCCAAACUCAGGUUUUCCUUCGGGACCAAGCAGUUAUCCAGGUCAACGUCCAGCAGGACCAUCAAGUUACCCAUCAGGACCAUCUGGUCCUACCAGUUACCCUUCAGGACCAUCAGGAGGCGGUAGCUAUCCUUCUGGACCAUCAGGCGGAAGCGGAGAUCACCAGCACGUCCCCGGAAUGCCCUUCGACUUCGCCUACGCCGUCCAGGACGCCGAGUCUGGCAACGAUUACUCCCACAACGCCGUCAGCGACGGUGACGUAACGAGGGGCGAAUACCGAGUACAACUACCCGACGGCAGGCUGCAAAUCGUCAGGUACACUGCCGACUGGAAGAACGGUUUCAACUCAGAGGUGACAUACGAAGGCCAAGCCAAAUACCCCGACCCACCAGCUGGCGGUUACCCAGGCGGUAGCGGACAAGCUGCUGGAGCCGGAGGCGGUUACAGAUACUAG